AUGAGUUACUUACUGUCCUCUUUUCGCGGCUCGGAGAGGUCGGAUGCGGGGGCGGACUACGAACUAAUGCCGGAGCCGAUCUCCAAUGCCGAGUACCUCCCGCUCCGCCUCAGCACCCAGGAGCGGAAGAUACAGCGGCUCAUGCGCGGUGUCAUCAUGGCCUCCCACUACACGGACAAGGUUGAUAAUGAGGCUGCACUUAAGGGCAAUAGGCGAGACACCAUUAUACUCAAGGAGAUCACAAACGCACUUAGUGGUCUCAUUGUUGGCUUAGACAUUGAAAAAGGGUCAAAGCUUCUUUCGGAAAAAGACUUUACCCCUUAUGCAAGGGAAAUCCAAGCCGCGAUUGAGGCGUCUAGGCGAUAUAAAAUGAUGAAUCCUGACUUCCUUCGGACGGAUUACGUAAAAUUCCUUUACAUGGUACAGGACGCCGUUCAGAAUGAAAAUGUUCGCAAAAUGUUGGGCUUUCUAGUGGCCGAAAAACUUGUAACGGUGGGGUCCUACUGCCGCGCCUUGGGGUUAGAGGCGAUGCUUCGAGACGAGCGUAUGCCCCUGUGUAUUACGCCUGUGCCGCUCAUGAAAAACAGAGCCAAGUUGAACCGGGCUCUGCGCCACAAGGAUGUCCAAGUGAAUAGCCUACUAAAGGACUAUAGCAGAUUAUCCUCUCGGACGCCAGACGAGGUGGAGAUAGCCGUUCGUAGCCUCAACGACGCCAACCACUUUGCCAAUGACAAUGUGGCGAGUACAAAUCAGUUGCUGCAGUUACUUAAAGAAUUUUUCUCACCAGAUGCACCAACUGAGUUGACGAAUUUGGGUAUUGAAGAGGGCGAAAAUGGAAGUCGAUUGUCUCACAGUCACAGACGGCAGUACUUUUUUGUCUUGCAAAGCCUUUCGCUUUGGAGAAACAUUUGUCGUCGCAUGUUUUCUCUCUGGACUAUCGCAGAGGGAGACAUCUUAAAUCCCAACGAACCUUACGAAUUUCGCCCCACGGGUCAAGGUUACCAACGUGUACAAAAAGCCCCAAACCUAUACCGUGCCAUCAGUGAAGUUGUGCAGCAGACAAAAGAAGAGCUUGGAGAAUGGGUAGGUUCGGACCGUGUACACCUCGGAGAUGAUCAGGUGCCAAAUGCUUUUCACUUUAUUGACAAGUAUGCUCAGGUGUCACGAAUUAUCAUUCCCAUUCUUCGGACAAUCUCCCACAUUGAUACCCUGGCGGAGAAUUCUGAGCACAACGCCUAUAUGAAGGAGGUCUGGAAUGGUGCAACGAAUGCAAAAAGGGCCAUAUUACGGGAUUUUUUCCGACAUGGCUUCGAUGGCAGCGGAGGAGACAAUAUGGAUGACGCUGGUAGUUGUGUUGAUGGUCGACUGACUAGUGCAUGGAACUGGUGCAACAAUAUUCGCUCCAAACCAUUCUAUCCGCUUUUUCUUUUUGCCGGGUUUAGUUCCUUUGAUGGCGAGCUUGGACUGUAG